AUGAGCGAAAAGGCUCGCUUGAAGUGCACCAUCUAUGUGGGGGGUCUCGACCAGGCGGUUACCAUGCAGACGCUGGCCGAUGCGUUCGUGCCUUUCGGCGAGGUCGUUGAUAUCACCCUCCCCAAGCCCGAUGUUCCUAACUCCAACGACCUCCAUCGGGGUUUCGGCUAUGUAGAGUUCAACCUGCCGGAAGAUGCAAAGGAGGCGAUCGACAACAUGGAUGGAAGCGAGCUAUACGGGCGGACGAUCAAGGUGGCGGCCGCCAAACCGCAGAAGGAUAGCAAUGAGGGAUUGGGAAGCAAAACGGCUAUCUGGGAACAGGAGGGCUACUUGGCCAAGUACGCUGUGAGUGAAGAGGAUAAGAUGGCGACAGAGCAGGCCCAAAUGGCUGCAAGCGAUCGACCGCAGGACCCAAUGCAAGGACUUGAAGAGCUGGACGUCGCUGGACCGAAGCCUGAAUGA